UGAUAGAAACCACAUGGCGCAGGCUUGGUGGGCUGAAUGGUGUGUGUGUCUCUGUCUGUCUGUCUGUCAGUCAGUUUCGUCCUCGCUCGAGCUAUUUAGUUAUUUGUCUCAUGAAUUAAUGCUACUGGAAUGACAUGUAGCUUUUUUUUAAUUGCAGGAAAAGCAUUCGGAUGUGUUGGAGGCUACAUAGCCAGUACUGCAUCUCUUAUAGAUACUGUGAGGUCAUAUGCUGCUGGCUUCAUCUUCACUACCUCAUUACCGCCUAUGUUGCUUUCUGGUGCUUUGCAGUCUGUCCAAUUCCUGAAAAGUGGUGAUGGUCGAGCACUGCGCCGCAGACAUCAACGCAAUGUUAAACACAUGCGGCAGUUACUCAUGGAUGCUGGUUUACCUGUGGUUCACUGUCCCAGUCAUAUCAUUCCAGUCAGAGUUGCAGAUGCAGCUAAAAAUACUCAGCUCUGUGAUGAACUGCUAAGUAAAUACAACAUUUACGUCCAAGCUAUCAAUUACCCCACUGUUGCACGUGGGGAGGAGCUCUUGCGUAUUGCCCCAACCCCCCAUCACACCCCUGAGAUGAUGAAUCAUUUUGUUGAAAAACUAGUGAUAACAUGGAAAGAUGUUGGCUUGGAGUUGAAGACCCAUUCCUCAGCUGAAUGUAACUUCUGCAGAAGACCUCUACAUUUUGAGAUGAUGUGUGACCGGGAAAUAUCCUACUUCAACGGAAUGAGCAAUCUGAUAUCUGUGAAAGCCUAGAUCAAUGUGAUUCAGGACUGUCUUUGUAUGAGGACUUAUUUAGACCAUAUAAUGUAUGUUUUUACAAAACUUUACAUAUAAUUUAAUUAUACAAGAUUAUUUCCAUAGACUUAAAAUGCUUAAUUAAAAAAGGCAAAACUGUA